GGCGCGCGGCCCCGGGGGCUCCCCUUUUUGUGUGUGCGCUCGGCGGCGGGAUGGAGGAGCUGAGCAGCGUCGGGGAGCAGGUCUUCGCCGCCGAGUGCAUCCUCAGCAAGAGGCUCCGCAAGGGCAAGCUGGAGUACCUGGUCAAGUGGCGAGGAUGGUCCUCCAAACACAACAGCUGGGAGCCUGAGGAAAAUAUUCUGGAUCCCAGACUGCUCCUCGCCUUCCAGAAGAAGGAGCACGAGAAGGAGGCGCAGAGCCGCAAGAGGGGUAAGCGACCCCGGGGAAGACCGAGGAAGCACGUGGUGCUGGCAGGCUGCGGCCGGCGUUCCAAUAUCAAGGAGCCGGAAGAAUCCAAAUCCAAAUCCAGCAGCUCCUCGUCGUCCUCCACGUCCUCCUCUUCCUCCUCCUCCGACGAAGAGGAUGACAGCGACUUAGAGGCCAAGAGGAGCCCCCGGGGCCGGGAGACCCACCCGGUGCCCCAGAAGAAGGCGCAGAUCCUGGUGGCCAAGCCGGAGUCAAAGGAUGCCUUGCGUCAGAAGCGGGGCCGGAAGCCCCUGCCCCCGGAGCAGAAGGUGGCCCGGAGGCCCGUGAGCCUGGCAAAGGUCCUGAAAACGGGGCGCAAGGAGCUGGGGGCUGGGGGCAAGAUGGCGGGCAAGCUCCCUCCCCCUCUCACCACCCCCGCCGUGGCCGGACUGGUGGCCCUCAAGGCCCACACCAAGGAGGGCCCCGGUGGGCCCGGCGGCACCACCACAGAGAACCUGGCCAACCUGAUGAAGGGUGUGGCCGGGAGCCCCAGCCGGGGGGGCAUCAGCUGGCAGAGCUCCAUCGUGCACUACAUGAACCGGAUGUCUCAGAGCCAGAUGGAGGCGGCCAGCAGGCUGGCCCUCAAGGCCCAGGCUGCGGCGGGCAAGGGGCUGGACCUGAAAGCCAGAGGCCAGAGAGGCGAGCCGAGCCCGGGGGGCACCAAGCCCGCCAGGGGGCCCGCCAGCGGGGCUGGGGCCGCGGGCCUGUCCAACGGGGGCAAGGUCCCGCCCGGAUCCCCCGGCCCCCAGCCCCCGGCUUCCAACCAGGAGCUGAACCUGCAGGCCUUGAACUUGCAGAGCGUCAAGAACGGCCCGGGGGGCGGCGGGGACCUCCCCCGGCCAGCCGGUGCCCGGGCGGCCAACACCACCGGCCCCUCGGCUGGCAAGGGCGGGACCGGGGCGCUCCCAGAUGCCGGCAAGGGCGAGAAGCCGCGGGGCGCGGGUCCCGCCCCACCUGGGGGCAAGAGGGACGAGGGCGCCGAGGGCCGGAAGCCGGCGGCCCCGUCUGAGCCGAGCACUGGCUCGGAGAGCAGCGCCUCGGACUCGGACCGGGACUCCGCCUCCUUCCCCGGCCCCGGCCCCGGCCCAAACCUGUCCGUCUCCGUCCAGACCAGCCAGGACUGGAAACCUCCCCGCAGCCUGAUCGAGCACGUCUUCGUCACGGACGUGACCGCCAACCUCAUCACCGUCACCGUCAAGGAAUCGCCCACCAGCGUCGGCUUCUUUAACCUGAGACACUGCUGAAGGCGGGGCGGGGGCCUCCACCGCCCCUUCCCACCCCCCGGCCACCCCUUCCCCUGUCUAGUCUCUUUAUCGAGCGCCCUGCUGGAGAAAGGGUAAGACUGGGCACGGGUGGAUUUGACCUCAGCGCCCUGUCUUCUGCCCCCUGCCCAGCAGCUGGUUCGCUGGGAAACUCCCGUUCAAACGCCACGGGGACCACAAGAUACCUAAAAGUUGACAACACGAUCCAUGCUCCCGGGGGUCCACAGAGCCCCGAACUGGUCGACCGGUUCCGGGAGGGGACCGCCAAGCCUCAAACUCUUUGGCCGUCCCCACGUCGGACCCAUACGACCGGGCUGCCGGUCUCUGACCCCACCGCCGAGGUCUGUGGAAAGACGGGAUGGGGAAAGCCUACCCAAGGGCCAGGCCACUCAGAGAUAACACUUACAUUGCUUUGCGAUG